AACAGACCAAAAAGGCGGGAAAAGUGUCCAAUCAAAUGAAUUAUAAUAUCGUGGAAAAUUUAGGCGGGAAAAAAUAUCCAAUCAGGUCAGCUGUAAUAUUGAUUCGGGCGAGCAUAAAGAAGUGUGCUUUUUACUUGUAAGUCCUCUUUCCAAUCGUGCUUUCAAACAUGGAUGGCGAAGGAAGCAAACAAGGAAAACUAGCCGCCAAAUGCGCAGAAAGUCAAGAGGAAGCUUCGUCUUCACAAGAUCAUAGUAUUCUCAAUCGAAUAAAAGAAAUGUUCGGAAAUACGAUAAUGGAAGCUUUCGAAGGUACGUUAUUUUUCUAUUAAAUAAUAAUAGAUGGUACGAAUGCAUGACAGUUUAUUCGGCUCUCAAAAUUUGAUCGUUAUUUAUGACAUGAUUUUCGUUAUUCUUCAAGAAAAUAUCCCCAUUGAAUCCUGAAAAAAGACCCAUAACAUAUAUAAAAACACUCUGAAAGCAAUGGACACCAAGGAUGUUCAAGAUUUUUGAAGAUGUAAUUCGAUAAACUUUUACAGCACUAUGUUAUAGCGACUCCAUUUUGCAAGUUUUCUAUGUUUACAAAAGAUACUAAAAAAAUCAAGAUGCUGAUUUAUAUUGCAAUGUUCGGUUGUAAUCAAAAUGAACUGAAGUUUUAGCAUCUAAUGAUCUAUAUAAAGCUUUACAGUAAUAGAUGCCAUUUGUAGUUCUUUUGUAUGUGUGAGUACAUGAUUAUUAUUGAAAGUCAAAAAUUGUAGCAGCAUUCCUCACAUGUAAACUUGUUUCUUAAAAUGAUGCUCUACAUUAUUGCAUUUUUUGUCCUCRAGCACUAAUACAACAUAUAUUGCUGUUCAAUUUUGUUACAUUCUUAAACAGUGUGCUUUUYUUUAAACUAAAUUGUUGAAUUGUGCUUACUUUUAGCUGAAGACAUAACUACAUCAGUUGUUCUUAAAGACCUACUUCAAAAAGAGGCAGAUGCCUCUAUUUUCAAAGCAGUUGGACUGAAUUAUGGGAAAGCCAUACAACUGAAAAAGGAGUUCUCUUAUCUCCUUCCAGAAACUACUAAACCACAAGUGAAACCAUCUAAGGCUGAUAUGGCCACUUAUUCUCCUGAAAUAAAGUCUCUCUACUUGAAGAAACGAAAACGAGUUAGUUUGUUGGCAAAUGAAGAAUUUGGUCCUUCUUACCCGAAAUUUAAUACUCCUGAAAUGAAGUCAAAGUUGCAGAGAUUUUGUGAUUCACUAGAGGAAAAUUGUGCAGUCCCGCAAGUAGGAUUUACUAAAGAUGGAAUUAUGAAGCAUGUGAAAGAUUAUUGUUGUGAGCAACGGCGCUAUAGAAAAUCCAAGAACAACAAGCAGCCUGUGAUAAGCCAAGGUGAGAGCAGUGAUGAGGCUAUUUAUCAAAAUAAGAGUGUCAUGCAAACUGAAAUGGAUGAUGACAAUGAUUCAACAACCAGUAGUACAGACACUGUACCAGUUACUGAGGAAGAAUCUGAUGAUGGUCAAGCACCAAUUUCUAGCCAAGCGAUCCCAACUGGGUCAGCUAAUGCAAGUGAAUUCAUAAAGGGAUCACCUAAUUCAAUUCAAGUGGAUGCAAGUGAAAAGUUAAGCAGUCACACAACCCAAGUUAUUUUAAAGUUGGUGUUUGGGUCUACUCCUAAUAGAGAAAAUGUUUGUAAAUUGCUAACAAGCAGAUUUGGAGUAAGCAAGAAAAAUCUCACUUUACUGAAACCAACACAACUCUGGGAGAUAAUGGCCCAAAAACUGUUAUCAAACAAGUAUGUCAGUGUAAAAGAAGGUGCAUCUUUAGAGAGCAGUGAAGAAGUCAGAUAUAAUUGUGCAUACAAAAAUUACAAUGCUUUAAGUUCAAGGAGGAGGAGCAUUCAUUGUUACUAUGUUAAAGUUAAAAACAAUUUGUUGUGGAGAUCAGCUUAUACCUUUCAAAUUGAUAUCAAAGAAUAAUGUCAUGUAGCAACUUAUAUGGUUUUUAAAUUUGCAUGUUUUCAUUUGCAUGUUUUGAGUUAACUUGUUGUAUAGUUAUAUCAUGAUAAUUACAAAGUCUGUAUUGUUGAAUAAACAUUUUGAAUAUCAUGUUGUUUACAGAAUAAUACUAGCUGAAUACUGGUAUAACAACAAAUCUGGAAGUCUUGAACAUGAGGUCGAAAAACAAAUCAUUUUUUAUCAAUAAUUACAUAUUGGACAACAGCUGGAACUAACAAAUCCCAUGUAUGAAAGAAUUAUUGGAGAAACAAAGUCCUUUAGUGGGAAAAAGUAUGGAAAAAUAACCCCAUUGAAUGGGAACAAUAUGGGAAUAGCAAACCCUUUGAUUGGGAAAAUAAUGGGACUUAGUAAUCCCUCAACUGGGAAAAUAUUGGAUGAAGAAAAUACCUUCCUUGGGAAAUUAAUGGGAAUAUAAAAUCCCUUAAAUGGAAAAAAAUGGGACUUCCAAAUCCCUCAACUGGGAAAAUAUUGGA